AUGGCUGCCCUGUCGAACGGCAAUACCAUUCACGCACUCGAUGAUACCCUGCUCUCAAAAAGCAAGAAAUCCAAUGGAUCAGACACCAGCGAGACAGCGAAAACUUUCCCCUCAAACGCUACGAAAAAGUUCCUGGCAAUCAAGGACGGCUACAUAGAUGGUUUUCGGCUCACUCCGCCAUAUCAUCUGGCCUGGGGGAGAAAUAAAUUGACCCUCAAGUCCAGUGAAGGACCUUCACAAAAGGCCACCCGCACUGACAAGAUUUUCAUGUCUUCCGAGGCAGCCAACCUCAAGUACAUGGAGUUUGACGAAACCUCCGACCAAGUUUUCAUCCUCAGCCGAUACUCAAGGCGACGUAACAGCGAUCUCCAGCGCUUUGCGACCACAGAUCUCAGGGAGAUAUUCCCAGUCACACCAGGAGCAUCCCGAGACAAAGUUACAAUUGCCGUCAAUUUGGGGAAGCCUUUUCGAGGCCAGUAUGAAGAAUUUAUGGUAUGGAUGAAACGGCUGGUUGACAAGAAAAGUGUAAUGCGCGUCGGCGGUAUGGCCGUCGAAAGUGUAUGGAAAACGAUACAAACGCGCAAUGCUGAGAGGAUUAAGGGCGUUGAUUUAGCUGUAAUACGGAAUGAGGAGGACGAAUCCGACGACGAGCUGGGAGGAUGGAACGAUCACCUUUCGGUGGACAAGAUCUUAAAACCCCCAGCUCAAGAAUCGGGGCAACUAUCCUCCGUCGUUUAUCUGGAGCCCGAUGCUCGCCUUUCUGUCUCACAGACCAGCUGCGUCAUUGGUGCCCAGAGUCAUAACAACUCUGAAGCUAUCUCAAAAUUGCGUCCCCCACCAAAUUCGACAGGGGAGUCUGAGUUCGGCGAUCAAAUCGCAUCCGAUCCCGAUUCCAAAACUAUCCUCGUUUAUCCUUCUGGCCAGACUGGGGCUAUUAGCAUCACAAAGGGCGACCUGAUACGCCUUCAACCUAAUGGCCUUCUCAACGACACUCUCAUCGAGUUUAGUCUCAAACUAGGCUCUGGAUGCACCGGCUUGAGCAGGAUGAUGUCGAAAUUAGCGAAGGAGAUCCACAUUUUCAGCUCGUUUUUCUACAAGAAAUUAGAACAGCGGGAGCUACAGGAAAGCUACGCUAGUGUUGCUAAAUGGACCGCCAAGUUCGACCUCUUCAAGAAGAAAUACCUUAUUGUUCCUAUAAAUGAAAAUCUUCACUGGUAUCUUGCUAUCAUAUACCACCCAGAAUGUGUCUUGAGGCCAGAACCGCCAUACAUCAAAGCAUCACCUUCGUCUUACAGCGAAUCAAGAAUGCGAAGACCAGAUUCCAGCUUGAAAGCAACAACUAUAUCAGAGAAGUCUACCUUUGAGGAUAUCAAUAUCGGGUCGCACUGGCAGCCACUCUCGCUAUUGGAUGAUCUGGAUGUGGACGAGCCUAUGGAGGUAGAUUUCUCGACCGAACAUGUUGGAAAUCAACAGAGCACCUAUAUUUUUACUCUUGACUCCCUGGGGUCAAGUCAUUCAAGAGUGGGAAGCCUUCUGGGUAAUUAUCUGCGGCAAGAAGCAUUGGCCAAGAAGAAUAUCCCAGAGACUGGGUUAAGCCAGGCAGUAUACAAACAUGCGCUGGUUCCACAGCAGCCCAACUCCUGCGAUUGCGGUCUUUACCUUCUUCAUUUCGUCCAGACCUUCUUCGAGGAUCCCGACAAAUAUGCCAACAUAAUAAGGACCAGGACCAGCGCAUAUCCUGAGGCGGAUCGGCGGGCGGACUGGAAAGUGAAAGGAAUCGCGGACAUGCGCGAAACGCUCAGGUCCAAGAUCAAAGACCUGUCAAUCAAAUGGAAAAGAGAGAGCGUCGUCAAUGAGCUCAAGAAGCAAUGGGACUCUGCGGCCGUUAGCUACUCUUCUGAGAAUGAUAGUGAUGUUAUGGGAACUGCGUCGGUCGAGCCACAUGGGGCGGCGCCUCAUUUUCACACUACUCAAUAA